AUGGAGGCCAAGGCGGGGGGCAAGAAGGGGGGGGCCCCCGGGGGGCCCCCGGGGGCCCCCGGGGCCCCCAAGGCCAAGGCCAAACUCGAACGCAAGUACUCCCUCGUGGAACUCGGGGACUACUUGGUGGGCUCGAACGUGUGGGUCCGCGAGAAGCAGCGGGAGGACUUGUACGCGUUGGCGAAGGUGGUUUCGAUUGCGGGGACUUCUUUGAAUGUCGAAGUCGAGGGAGUUUCCAAAACGGUGCAGCAAGAAGAAUGUUUAAACGCUAAUGUAGGGUUUUCUCCGGAAAGCUGCAACGACCUUUCCAAGCUGCCCCACGCCAACGAGGCCGCCGCCCUCCACAUCAUCCGCGAGAGGUACCUCCGCGACAUCAUCUACACGUACGCGGGGCGGCUGCUGAUAGCGCUGAACCCCUUCAAAGCCAUCGCGGGACUCUACGAACCCGCGGCCAUCACUCGCUACCAAAACGCAGACACUUCGCGGGGCUUUCCCGCGGAGUUGCCGCCGCACACUUUCGCCGUGGCGCAGUGCGCGAUGGACUUGAUGCGCCUCGCCCGCGAAAACCAGUCCUGCGUGGUUUCGGGGGAGAGCGGCGCGGGCAAAACGGAAACUGCCAGACAACUUAUGCAGUAUUUCGCCAGCGAUAAGGAAGGCUCUCGAGGUUCUCGAGUGCAAGACAUCAUUUUGGGCGCAAAUCCGGUGCUCGAGGCCGUCGGAAACGCAAAAACUUUGCGCAACAACAACUCCUCGCGCUUCGGGCGCUUCGUCAAGCUCGAAGUCGCGCCCACAGGAGGCAUUCACGGGGGCCUCAUUAACAACUACAUGUUGGAGUUAUCUCGAAUUGAAUUUCAAGGCCAGGGCGAACGCAAUUACCACAUUUUCUACCAAAUGAUCAAAGGGCUCACUGCCGAGGAGAAGGCCAGCUGCGAACUCAAGCAAGCCACCGAAUACGAAUUCCUCAACAAAAGCGGCUGCUACGAAGUCGAGACAGUCAACGACCUCCAGGAAUUCGCAGACGUCAGGCAGCAGCUCGAUUUGAUUUUAUCCAAAGAAGAGCAGCUGGCUUAUUUCAAGGCUUUGUCUGCUGUCUUGCUUUGCGGAAACAUUAAGUUCAAUAAUGUGCAGGCAAUGGGCACAGACAAAGCUGCAAAGCUGCAAAACGAAGGCGACUUCGACAAAAUUGCUUCUCUUUUUGGAGCCAAGAAAAAUACCUUGCUGGAGGCUUUGACCAUCAACACUGUUGAAGUGCGGGGAAACAUCAUCAAAAGUCCUUUGUCUGCAGAACAAGCUUUGGUGAUGUGUCGCUCAAUGGCAAAGGAAGUUUACAGCGUUUUGUUCGACUUUAUUGUCGAGUCUUUCAACAGCAAAAUCAGCUUCGAUCACGAAAACAAAGUUUGGAUUGGAGUGGGUUCCAAAGAGCCAGGCUGCGAGUUUUGGACAUUUAAAUAA